AUGGAAACGAGUAAGAGAGGUUGUCCGAAGCAUGGUGAAGCAAUGCAAGCGAAGCCAGCAGGGGCAGCAUACAAAUGCAGUGGAUGCGAAGAAAUGGGGUUUGGAAGCAGUUACCAGUGUGGAAACAUGGACUGCAAUUACAUCCUCCAUGAAAACUGUGCAAAUGGUGUUUCCCAUGCACUUCAUAAAUUUCUCCCAGACAGCAAGUUCGAGUUUUAUGAGAAACCACCAGGGUACCCUAGGUAUUGUGAUGGUUGUGGAAAAGAUGUGGUAGGGUUUGUGUACCACUGCAUCCGCACAAGCCAUGAUCUACACCCAUGCUGUUUAAACCUGAAUGAGAGAAUUUCUGACGAAGAAGGGAGCGUGACACUGGAACUGUGUGAGAAGGUUCCCUCCAAGUGUGUUAAAUGCAAGCGUAUAACUGUUGAGAAGGGAAUUCAAGGAUGGUCUUACGUAUCUUCUGAAGGAAAGUAUUGCUACCAUGUAUCGUGUGUGAAGAAGUUGAUUCUUGAGAAAUGGGAGAAGGGCUAUUUCUCUCAAGAAACCAAUCCAACAAUGGCGGAAAGCUCUCAAGUUGCAGACAGAAAUAACGGACUGGAGAUUGUUCAGAGUGGAGCAGUGUCAAGAAGGUCACGGAAAAUGAAAAAGAUCACCAAAAUUGCUGUGUUGGUGUUCAAGCUGAUAGUUUCAGCUAUUUUUGGAAACCCUGUUAUUGCCAUCGCUGGCCUUGUGGAAGCCCUUUUUUCAGGUUAA